CGGACCGGGUUGGAGUGGGAACGCAGCGGAGCGCACGACGCACGGACUCUACAGCGCAACUCCGACGCAAAUGGAUAUUUACGCGGCUCUCGUAUCCCUUUUCUUUUUAACCAAACCAGCUUUUGGUUUCGAAUCGGAUCAAGACUACCAGAUCGAUAUCAUCAAUGAACUGGAUGUGGCAAAUGCCACCUAUGGAAUUACUCAAGUGGCGGGGCUUCACAACGGCAGCAAAGCCUUCCUAUUUCGAGAUGUUGGGAGAGCAGUUCAUGCCCCACCACACAUCACAGAAAAAGUGGUGCAGCUCUUCAGGAGGAAAAGUGAGUUUACCUUCUUGGCCACCAUCCAGCAGAAGUCCUCCACAUCAGGAGUCAUAUUCUCCAUCCACGAGUCAGAACACAGUUACUUUGAGCUGGAGAGCAGCGGAGUGAGAGAGGAAAUCCGCUACCACUAUCGCUUCAAAGGCAAGCCACGGUCCGAGUCCUUCCCCUACCGCCUGGCUGAUGGGCAGUGGCACAAGAUCGCCCUCACAAUCAGCGCCUCACACCUGCUGCUGCACGUCGACUGCAACCGGAUUUAUGAGCGGGUGAUAGACCCUCCUCAGAUGGAGCUGACCUUAGGCAGCGGAGUGUGGCUGGGCCAGCACAGCCACAAGCAUGGUCUGUUCAAGGGUGUUAUUCAGGAUGUGAAGGUGAUCUUCGCUCCCAAUGGCUACAUCGCACAGUGUCCCAAUCUUAACCGCACUUGUCCGACCUGCAGCGAUUUCCUCAGCCUUGUGCAGGGCAUCAUGGACCUGCAGGAACUACUUGCUAAGAUGACCCUAAAGCUGAACUACGCUGAGUCCAGGCUGACGCAGCUGGAAGGCUGUCACUGCGAGAGGACCUGCAGCGCCAACGGCCUGGUGUACCGGGACAAAGAUCUGUGGGCCGAGCCUGAAAACUGCAGGAACUGUGCAUGUAAGAGUGGUGUGGUGGAGUGUCGCAGGAUUUUCUGCCCUCCGGUAAAUUGCUCCGAAGAUUUGCUGCCUGUACACGUCGAGGGAAGUUGCUGCAGAACAUGCAGACCUAAAUGUACCUACAUGGGGCAAACGUUUUCUGAAGGCCAGCACUUCCUGUCCAGGAGCUGCAGGGAAUGCAAGAACGGCCUGAUGGUGAGAGUUACAGAAACGUGUCCCGAGCUCAACUGUAGCGUCAGUGAACAGAUCUUACCAGAGGGCAGAUGCUGCAACGUUUGCAGAGGUUAUGACUUUUGCGCAGAGGGACUCAUUUGUGGAGAAAACUCAGAGUGUAAAAACAGGAAUACUAAAGCAGAAUGCGAAUGCAAGAGCGGCUAUGCUUCCAUCCAUGGGGAUUCUACUUAUUGUGAAGAUAUCGACGAGUGUGCGACACAGAUGCAUUACUGCCAGGCCAACACAAUGUGUGUCAACCUGCCUGGUGGCCAUCGCUGCGACUGUCUCCCAGGUUUCAUCAGAGUGGACGAAUACUCCUGCACCGAGCAUGACGAGUGCGCCAGCGGCCAAGAUUUGUGUGAUGAGAACGCCAUCUGCACCAACACCAUCAGAGGACACCUGUGUACCUGCAAGCCGGGCUACGUGGGCAACGGCACCAUCUGCAGGGCCUUCUGUGAGGAGGGAUGCCGGAGUGGGGGAACCUGUGUGGCUCCGAACUCGUGCGUCUGUCCUUCAGGAUUUACAGGACGCCGCUGUGAGACAGAUAUUGAUGAGUGUUCAGAGGGCCUGAUUGAGUGCCACAACCACUCCCGCUGUGUCAACCUGCCUGGCUGGUACCACUGUGAAUGCAGAAGUGGUUUCCAUGACAAUGGAUCCUAUGAGCUUGAUGGGAGCUCCUGCAUCGACAUUGAUGAGUGCGGCUUGCAGACACACACCUGCUGGAAUGACAGUGUGUGCGUGAACCUCCCAGGAGGCUACGACUGCGUGUGCAUAUCUGGUCCGGGCUGCAGCGGCGACUGCCCUCAGGAAGAAGAAAUUAGACGCAACGGUGAAGACUGGAAACCCAGCUUUGACCGCUGUGCUAUAUGCUCCUGCAAGAACGGGCAGACGUACUGCAGAAGGAGACCCUGUGACUGUGGAGACCCGGAUGAGGACUCGUACUGCUGUCCUGGCUGUGACAACAGGCCCAGCAGUCAGUGUCUGGACCAGAGCGGGCGCUCGCUCUACCGCAGCGGAGCGUCUUGGCUGUACGGUUGCCAGCAGUGCCGUUGCAUGGAGGGAGAGGUAGACUGCUGGCCUCUAGUUUGUCCCGUGUUGAUGUGCGAGUACACGGCAGUGGCGGAGGGUGAGUGCUGCCCGCGCUGCGUCACAGACCCCUGCCUGGCUGACAACCUGUCGUACGACAUCCGGCAGACGUGUAAGGACCCCGCGGGCGUCACCCGCCUGAGCGGGGACAUGUGGCAGAUGCCCAAGUCAGCCUGCACCACCUGCAAGUGUAAGAACGGGAACGUCUGCUGCUCGGUGGAUCUCGACUGCCUUCAGAACAACUGAAACUGUUUCACCGCAGGACCACCACACGCCCUCCAUCAUCUGACGACUUCCCCCAGGAUUCAUAAGACAGACUUGUGCUCACGUGUGCAUGGCAGCGUGCACAGAGAAAAACACACGCUGGACAGACUUGGGUGUUGAGACUGAAUUUUUUUUACAGUAACCAGUGGUGAACGGUGAAUGAGUGUGACUCAGGAGGAAACUGAGCCCAUAGUCACACUCACCACAGUCACUGUGUUGUGCACACAUCUUUGUGUUUGAUCCCAUUUCACUUAAUGUCUUGAGCAAACCUGUGUAUUGUCUUGAAACACAAACCAGAAACAAACAGCUGGUCAGAUGUUGAGGUGCUUCAUUUGUAUCUAAUGCCUAAGCAAAGGCUCACAAUUGCUUGGUCACUUGCAGAAAAUUAUUGUAAAACAUUUAUUGUUGUGGUGACAAAAAGGAAUGCAUUCACUUGAAAAUGAUUGUAAGGAUUUAUUACCAUCAACUGGUGAUGUGUGAUUAGUUUUUUAAUCCAGUACAAGUUCUCUUGUGGUCAUUUUUAUCAUCAUUCAUCCACAUAAUGUCUCAAAGAGGGAGACUUUCCAACCUCAAGAUGUUUAGGCAGCAUUCACGAGAUGCUCCAAAAUGGACGAGGACAAAAGAGUUGUGCUAUAAGAAAAUUAUAUUUCAGUUUUAUUUGUCUUUUCACUCUUAAGGGGGUAAAAACAAAUUAUAGGAUUCAGAUUUCUAAAUUGCAUCACUUACAAAUUGUUUGAAUGUGUUUAACAUCACAUAUUAAUCAUUAACCACGAGUCAUUUUCCAGCCUUUGUCAGUUGAUCAGUCCACGAUCAGGCUUACGUCAGAGCCCGCUCACAAUAGCGCUACUUUGAAGUCUGCCAUCGAGAAUAGUCCUGGAAAAAGAAUGACUGGACUUUCAAUUCUGAUACAUAAUAGAUAACUGUGCUUUUUACCUGUAUCCAGGUGAGGUGGCAGAUACUGUAUGAAGGCAGGCUGGAAGAACUUGAAAUGAAAUGAGAUAUUUUGGCAAGAAAUUAAAUCUGCUUUCACCCUUGCCUGAUGUAAAUAACACUUUUAGGCAUUUAGCCCAAUUAACCUAACGUUUGCCACUUUGGUGAAUUGCAGCCUUUUUGCUAAACUGAGAUUGAUAGAAAGUGCCCAAGCUUUCUGGACACUGGUUGGGUUUCACUUAAAUUUACCAGAAGCUCUAGUAUGUCAACAUUUGUCUUUACCUCAAAACACGUCCUGGUAUUGGGAAGUUUUGAUCACAGAUACAUUUCAAAUAAGACUAUAUAUAUAUCUUAGAUGUUUUUCAUCUAUCAGUGCUUCGUAAGGUCUACUGUGGAGCUCCACUUCUCCACAAUCCAGAAUAAAAAGGGAAGCACAUCUGUGUUGUUAAACACGUAGCACUGCCCCUUAUUUUAUUCAACUAAUUUGAUUUUAAAAAUGUGUUAAAUGUUAAUUAAGAUAGCUAAUUUGUGCACCCUAAGUAGAGGGAAAACAUUUAAUUGGCACCAUAACUUGACCAUCAGUUGACCUGAUUUCUAAAAAAGUGCUAUUGCUCAUUAGAGAAACUCCUACUGGUUCACCUCUACUCUUUCCCUCAGUCUUCAAGCUCCUAAAAUGUCAAAUCCUGCAUGAACUACAUACUUUACAGCAUCUAGCACUGAACUGGUGCAAACUCUGGAUUCAUUAACACUCUUCUUUCUGCUGACACCAUCACUGAGUAUCACCUUGGCCCUGAUGAAGAUGAACACCAGAUGCUUGCAUUUAACAAGUCAUGUUCUCAGAAGCCUGUGAAAGCAGUGCUAUGGUGCACCACAGACCUGUGCAGGCCAAAGCAAAGCCGGCAUCAGCCAGGGCUGCUGAUUAAAUCUGCCCGGCUCGUGGUGGGCUGAACUUCCCCUGCAUCUCUCCAGGCUCCUUGGCUCGGCACCAUAUGGAACACAGUUGCAGACGGACCAAAAAAAAAAAAAAGAGAAAGCUGUAGCAAGUGAGGAUAAUUAAAGCGAUGUCACGCAGUCCUGAAUUUGAGUAUGCCAGAAGGUCACCAAGUGUUGAAUGCGUUUACCAACAGCCAGGGUUAUUAAGGCAGGACGGUCCAGUGCUAUUCCUGCCUGACAGCUCUUCAGCCGCUGCACGCUCCUCCACAUCUCUCUCCAUUCUCCUUAAGCUUAUCUCCAGACUCCUCCAGAGAAACCUCAAAAAAGGGAAUUGCUUUUCCUCAAGUAUCAUUGUUUUUCGCCAUGUGUCACUUUGUUUUUGUUUAACAAGAAACCGCAGGGAAAUUCUAGCAAUUAAUGAGCACAGAUAUUGAAAGCUGUAAGGAAAAGCAAUAACAUCGAUCAAGAAACAAUUACCCCACAAGACAAAAUACAACUUGACAUGUUCACCUUUUCUUCCAGUGAACAGCUUUUCCAGUGCAUGUCUUAUUAAAACAACAACUUCUAGUUAAAUGAUUUAAAAAGAGCAAGGUCUAUUUUCCGAGGUGGUUCCAACUCUACACAGCCCUCUUUGGUUUAUCUCCAUAGCUUCAGAUAUCCGGCCUCAUUUGUCUUCCUCAGAAGAACUAUUUUUUUUCUUUUUUGCCUCCUCAGAAUGGUAAAACAACAUCUUCCAAGGCCUGAUAUAAUCCAUCACAUUGAAAAUAAACAUUUCAUUUGGUUUUCUCAAAGUUGUUCCUCAGAGAUACCAGUAUUCACUCAAGUCGGGGUGGAUACUGUGUUGUCCUGCACAUGCAGUAACUCGCAAGUGUGUUAUUAAAUACAGACCUUUUUUUGGAUGUGACCAAGUGAUGCCAGAAACAAGUUAGCAGCGCUCGCUGUUACGUCUGCUACGUUGUUUACAUCCAUCCUCCGUCAAAUUGGUGAUGUUCGAAGCUGUGUACUUAACGCACUUUUCUAUCUUUUUAGUGUGUAAAUGUUUCAGUUCACUCAGAAAAGUAUGCUGUUUGGAACAAAGCCAUCAUAUAGACCCGGGGAGUCGGGGAAGAACACACGGAGACCCAAAAAAGCAAAUCUGUGGAACUACUGUUGAAGACAAAACUAAAUGUAAUCUUCAAGCAGAAUAAAUGAUACCGGGCGCACAUACAGAGAAACGGGUCAAACACAAGUAUCACAGCCAUCACAAAGUCUUUUGGUACAGAGAAUGAGAACUAUAACACAAACUGAUUUGAACUGGUCCCUAUUAUUACCUUGUAUGGAGGUGAAGUGAGACACUGCUUCACUCCUUCCUCACAAACAUUCAUCAUUCAUCUCUCUUGCUGUUUAAAAGCUGAAACCUUUUGAGGUUCCAGUGGAUUCAAAUGGUUAACCAUGAACAACAUCGUAUGGACGUAGCUUUGGCAUGCUCUAGCUUUACCGUAGAAACGGAUUCAUCCAGAAGCAGCUUGACGGAAUCGCUUGGUCUAUAAAUUUAAAACUAGAACUCAUGUGUAUGUACCCAAAUAUGUAUAUGUAGCUUCCUUUUUUGUUGUUUUUUUUUGUGCACAGAGAACUCUGGAUUCAAAAACAUUUUGGUCCUUUCACAAACUGACGUGAACAGCUUCUUCUUUGGCUUCUGAAAGGGAGCGCAGCAAUGACUCAGCGUCUUCUGAGUUUUUCCGAGCAUCUUCUCGUGUCUCACCAGCACAUCUCUCUCAUCAUCAGAUACAUGUUGUUAAAGUGAAACUGUCAACUGUGCAUGACGCACACACACACACACAAACACACACACACAAGGACAAAUGUGUUGUGAACGGUGUCUUUAAACAUCAAAGUUAUGCAGCAAUCGAAAAGCAAACAUUUGUACAAAAGAUCACAGAAAAUAAGGUUUUCCAAUUGCUCUGUUGAUUUGAUAUGAAGUAUGACUACUGAAAAACACUUUGCAAGCCUGCGUGUGAAUGUUUUACACACCAACAUGAAAAGUUCUACUUUUUCUUUUCUUUUAAAUUAUCGUGUUCUUGCAUAAGGUGUUACUUUAAAUGGACUACUUUUCUUUUCUUUUCGUGGGAUGAGUUCUGUUCUGCUGUAAAUACAGUGUAAAUGGAAGGGCACUGUAAAGAGAAUAGGGUUGUGGGAAUAAUUCUCACCGCCACAGUUUCUUAGGAUCCGAGUGUUGUAAACUGAAUAUGAGAGAGAAGCAACAUUUCUGUUGUUUUUUUUUUUUAGUAGUUCUUUAUUUUUCUAUUGUUGCCUUAACCCUUUUAGUAUCUAUCAUAGUUUGUCUGUUCACUGUUUUAGGAUUUAACUUGUCUGUGUGUCUGUAAAUACAAAUCCCUAAUCGAUGUCCCUCUGUGAGUCUAAACAGAAACAGACUUUUAAAAUCAUACUGAGUGCAAACAAGUGUUUAUUGGAGAAGACGAGGAGCUUGAUGGACUGUUCGCCGCAACAACAAAGCCUUCUUUUCCUUUAAUGUUUGUAUGGUCUGAACUGAAACGUCUCUUCAUGGGAUCCACACAAAAUGGAACUGUGUAAACAUGUAAAGAAAAAGUACUGUUGAAAAUGAUUUUCUUGAUCCAGUCCCUGCUGAAAACGAGCAAGGCAUUGUGUUUUUCCUUUUAAAUAAUAGAAAAGCAGUUUCAGAUCUUCUAGCUCCAGAUGUGCUUGUAAAUGUUUUUAAUAGAGGGCCAUGAUGGAGGCAUCACAGGUCUGUUCAUUGUUACUUCUCCACAUUAGGGUGGCCAACACACCUGUACUCAAAGGGUUAAGUGUCAUUUAAAGACUGUGUUGUGUUAAGAG